AGGGAGGCGCAGCAGGAGGAGGACAGCUCGCGGCGCAGCAGCUUUUUACCGGAGCGGACCCGGGCUUUCGGAGCGAGAAUUCGGGGGGCGGCGGGACGUGGAGCCCCGACACACGCGGCCGCACUUGAGCAGAAAGCCCCGGCGGAGCGCCGCCGACUUCCCCCCGUUUCACUUCAGCAGCCGCGCGCUUUGAGCACAAGAAGGAGAGAAACAUCCAACCCGACCCGGCAUCCAGCCACGGGCGGAGGCGACCACCAGACGCAGGAGGCCCGGGGAGGUUGUGCGCUAUGACUGGUAGGACACGUGAGGGGGUCAUCCGUCUCCUCCCUCCGCAUCCCUGAGACACCGACCCACGGCGCGGCCGUCGAGCCCGCCGAGCCACCUCCAACGUCUUGCAUAUCAUAAUUCAGUUUCGCACCGAGCCGACCUCACUCCCACUCCGUCUGGAGACCCCCGAACCCCCCUCCCCCCCCCCCCCCCCUCCACUCAAAAGAAGGAAAGACAGAAAAGGCCCAGUGACGGGACCCUGUCAUGUCUCACUGACGGACCCCUCCUGACCGGCGAAUGACAAGCAGGCAUCCGAGGGUGGGGCUUGCCUCAGUCUCUCCUGAUUGGUUGCUGGAUGGAAUUAAGGUGAAUGGAACUCGUGUCCAAGGAGCAGGACUCUAGCCCACCUGAGGGAGAAGAGAAACGGUGGCUCAAUGGCCCGAAAAGGAAGAGGAAGAACAGCCAAUGUUCCUUGAAGAGUAUGACUGCACAUUCUCCGAGUGACAGCUCCAAAUCCCUCGAGCUGAAAGAAGCGAGUAAAGAAGGGUACAUCCCCAGCUACCUCGAAAAGGAUGAGCCAUGUGUGGUGUGUGGUGACAAGGCCACGGGUUACCACUACCGCUGCAUUACCUGCGAGGGCUGCAAGGGUUUCUUCCGAAGAACCAUUCAGAAGAACCUCCAUCCCAGCUACUCCUGCAAGUACGAUGGCUGCUGCAUCAUCGACAAGAUCACCCGCAACCAGUGCCAGCUGUGCCGCUUCAAGAAGUGCAUCGCGGUGGGCAUGGCCAUGGACUUGGUGCUGGACGACUCAAAGCGGGUGGCCAAGCGGCGUCUGAUCGAAGAGAACCGGCAGCGACGCAAGAAGGAGGAAAUAGUGAAAACCCUCCAGAACCGUCCAGAGCCCACCGAUGGCGAGUGGGAGGUGAUCCACCUGGUGACGGAGGCCCACCGGCACACCAACGCUCAAGGCGCUCAGUGGAAACAGAAGCGCAAAUUCCUGCCAGAAAAAAUCGGCCAAUCCCCGGUCGCCCCGACGUCAGACGGCGACAAGGUGGACCUGGAGGCGUUCAGCGAGUUCACUAAGAUCAUCACUCCUGCCAUCACCCGUGUCGUCGACUUUGCCAAAAAGCUGCCCAUGUUCUCCGGGCUUCCUUGUGAAGACCAGAUCAUUCUGCUGAAGGGCUGCUGCAUGGAGAUCAUGUCGCUGCGAGCCGCCAUGCGCUACGACCCCGAGAGCGAGACGCUGACGCUGAGCGGCGAGAUGGCGGUGAAGCGCGAGCAGCUGAAGAACGGCGGCCUCGGCGUGGUGUCGGACGCCAUCUUCGACCUGGGCAAGAGCCUGGCCCAGUUCAACCUGGACGACACGGAGGUGGCGCUGCUGCAGGCCGUGCUGCUCAUGAGCUCAGAUCGUUCGGGCCUGACCUGCAUGGAUAAGAUCGAGAAGUGCCAGGAGACCUACCUGCUGGCGUUCGAGCACUACAUCAACUACCGCAAGCACAACAUUCCUCACUUCUGGCCCAAGCUGCUGAUGAAGGUGACCGACCUGCGGAUGAUCGGGGCGUGCCACGCCAGCCGCUUCCUUCACAUGAAGGUGGAGUGUCCCAACGAACUGUUCCCCCCGCUCUUCCUGGAGGUCUUCGAGGACCAGGAGGUGUGAAACUGCCGGGGGGCGGGUGAGGGGGAAAACUCUGGAGGGAGACGCCUCUCUGCAUUUCUCCGACAUCGCAUCGACAUCGUCUACAGUACGUAGAAAGAAACAAGUUGAGCAGACAGUAACAGGAACAACACACCAGCAACGGGAGAGUCGAGCUCUUUCUCCUCCUUCGACUUUUGAAAUCUAUGUGGGGGGCCCUUCUGUCUGAGCAUGUUGUCUUAUCUAGUAAGAGUUGCAGCCAAGACACGUGUCGACUCACAACACACGCACGCGCACACACACACACAUACACACACUCAGCCCGUUCCACCUCGGUUCUACAGAGCAGCGAGAUUUCGCUCCUCGCUCUGGUUCUUUUUUGAUGGAGCGGUCAUGGAUUUACUCACUUUCUUGAAGCCCAUGUUUCACUGGCCAGCACAGUAUUAUUUCUGAACCAGUGUUAGGGCGGCAAUCUAGAGAACGUGAACACGCGUGACGUGUUUGUUGCUCACAGUCGUGCAUGCACACACAAUCAGCAAACACUGCACAUUUAAAAUGGCAGCAGGUGCUCUAAGCAUUGCUUUCGGUGUAUAAUGGCUGCAGUACAGCAGAGCUAACCGACUUUGGUCUCUAAUCAAUUCCUCAACUCAAUCUUAGCCGUUUAACAGCUGUUUUAAGCUUUGUACUCACAAACCGGUGCUAUAUUUAUACAAGGCUACUCCAGUUUUAUGAAAUUGUUUUGGCUAUCUUUUGUGCAGAGUAUUUCUCCAUAUCUACCUUGAUUUUUGUCAUUGGACCGGCUUCUGUGACACACACACACACACACACACACACACACAGACACACACACGUAUAUGAGCUGACUUGCCUUGUCAGAUCCAGAGUCAGAACGAAUCUCUCACUCGAGGAGGUUUUCGAUAACCAGCGAGACGGCAAAGCUCAUCUCACACACACACACACACACACACGCACACACACACACAUCACCUCAGAGUAACGUGAAUGCCUCAUUUUACUGUAUUCACUGCGCGUGUGUGCGCAGUGUCGAUACACAGCUCUUACCUGCAGGGCUUGUACGGAGUCCUCAUGAAAACUGCCCAGUGUGGCCCUCCAAGGCUUCCAUACGCAUUUGCCUUUUUUCUUUUCUUCUUUUUUCUUUUUUUACCAUGAGAACAGGCAAAUGCCAAAAAAGGCUACCAUUUACCUCAAAAGUGGAUUACGCCCCCGGGCCCCACGUGGUGUCAGGCACUACCUCAUCUCUGUGGACACGGGGCAGCUGCCCGCAGCCGACACACACACACACGCGCCGCUCAAGGUUAGCGUGCGUGUGGGUUUACGCACAGGAGUGCGUGAUAUUUACGCCGGUGCACGCUUUCAGUCACGGAAAUACAAAAAGAAAAAACACUUGAACACGCAAAAACACACACACACAUCCUCAGUGCUAUCACUUGGUGGAAAUGAAAUACCAUUGACAACAGGAGGGCCAGCCAUCACUCCCCCCACACAACCCUCCACUGAAAUGUUUUUGUUUUUUUUCCGAUUCCAGGGAAUGGUACCCAUCGCAUUCGGGUAUCGCUUUUCUUUUUUUUGUUUUUGGUAUACGGGACCAAGUUUUGUGUUUUGAAAUCUGGAUUUACGUUUUUACCGCAACGGGAAGAUUCACAGAUGCAAAGAAGGACAGUGCACACGUGGGAGAUGACAGAGAUGGGGGGUACUACUGGGAAUAAGCCAAACCUCGGUGGCCGCGGCCGUAGAAUCAGGCUGCAGAGAAAGGGCUGUUUUCUUCUGCAUCGCGGCGAUCUUCCACAUUAGAACCACGAUGGCUGCCGUCAAAUCUUGAUGUAUAGUUUGAUGGAAACACCGCGUCCUUCAUGCAUGGGCCGUGCAUUCGACGUAAAAUAAGAAGUCCUUUUAGUCCCAUGCACUUUACCGACGCUAACCAACCCCUGUAAUCUCACGGCCACCUGCCACGGCGGCUUAUUGUAGCGUAUUGUAACGACCAUUCAAGAAAGUUGAUUUGAUCACGAAAGCCCAGUCUGUUCAUUCCAAUUCUGGCGGCAAAGUCAAAUCCACCUGGUUUACCACUCUCAAAGCUGAGCAUUAGAUGGCGCUCGGCGCGGGACAGGUCGCCUACCUCAAUGGCAUCGUGGGUAGUCAGCGCCGGGGACUGAGCCUCACCGCUCCAACGCGUUGGAGCAAUGCGAGGAGGAGGAUGGACCCGCUCCCCUACGCCCCCUUUCACCAGCACUGUCACCACUUUCAGAGACCCGUCAUCUUCUCGGCCUUACCCCAUUCUGGAACAUAGCUCUGGACCAAAUUGCACUACUGUUGUAGUCCUCGCUUUCAGCCCCUUACUCAUCAAAGUAUACCCAACCCACAAAAACCAACAGCCACAUUUCUGGUGCGGGUUCUGCGUGGCCGGUACUGAUUGGGUGGAUCGCUGGCAGUCGCAGUGGGCGCAGCCGCAAACUGACGCCGUCUGCAUUAGACCCGCGCCGCGUAACCAAGCCAUGACAGUGCGGGACGCCCCCCACCGUUGGAGAGGUGUGUAGCACUCAUUUUUCCCCAUCAUCCCUUCCUGUAUCCCCCCCCCUGCCCACCCACAUCCCCCAUCCCCACCACUCCUCUUCCUCCGAGCAACCUAGCGAUCAUAACCACUCGCCGCUGAGUAGCAAAAAAGAAAAUCACCGACACCAAAAGCGAUCCAGGCCUCAGCCCUUGUGAGACAAGGCGGGCCAUGUGACACCCCCCUCAGUGCGGCGCCACCGAAAGAAUGUGAUCGGCGAAGCACCCGCGGCUGGCGCGAGAGCAUGUAAGAGGAGAGUAAUCGAAGCGAGGGGAAAAUCCAGGCUGAGGGCCUGGACCCUCGCAGAGGGAUGAUUGUGGAGGCGAUGUUAUCGGACGCCUGGAGGAGAGGGAUGGCGGGGAUGGGGAGGAGGCGGCGGCUAUGAGUACGGUCUCCCCUUUGGUUCCCACGACAACCACACAACCCUAAAGACCCUAACCCUCCCAAAGGAUACACCUCCAGCUCUCCCGCGGUAAAGGUCAGAAAGAGAUCCCUGAUAAAAAGAACAGAAGGAGCGCGUCGAUGUCCUUUGUGCCCGUGCGCUGACUGGGUCUGUGUGUGUGAUGGUCGGGGUCACAAUGCUGCUUUACCUUCUGAGUCAGAGUUAAGUUAAAGAAACAUAUAUGAAAUGAUGGGAAAUUCACGAGACGAGAUGAAAAGAGCUUUUGACAAAAGACAAAAAGACUCCUGAACAAACUUAUUGUAGAGGUUUUUCAUUUUAUCAUUGUUUUCUUAUUUUUCUGUUUUUUGACGCUGAAACUGCUUCUGUGUAAAAAAAGGAAAAAAACAGCUGUAGUCCCUUUUUGACCAUGUGUGUAGUGUAACAGAAACUAUUUCACUUAUUUUUCCCUCUGUACUCUGUGUUGAUAAGCCUGUCUGUCAGUCUGUGCGUCUGUCCAGUUGUCCGUCCACUUUUAAGGAAUUUACAAACAACAAAACAGGAUUUUCUUUAUAUAUAUACAUAUAUAUAUAGAUAUAGAUAUUUUUUUUUUACUAAAAAAACACAAACGGGAAAAAUAAUGCAACAGAAACUCAAAGUACAACAAAAAAAACUCAAACAAUCUUGUCAUACCUCACCCAACACAAAACUCAAAGGAACUUGGGAGGAGUCUUAAUUUACAGGCACAUGUGAAAGUUCAUAAAUGCAUAUAUAGAUUUUUUUAAAAAGGUUUAUGUCAAGAUAAUAUGUGCUUUUGUGUACACAUCCAUAGAAGUUACAAAAAGACUUCCCUCAAGCUUCUGUGCUCCGUCUCAUGUGGUCGUGAGACGUUAGAGAUCAUCUGCCAGCUUAAAGGCACAGUCCGUAGACAGUAAACUGAAAAUGUGAAUGGCCCAGAGACCAUCAUGAUCCCAGGAAGUCAUGAUCCCAGGGAUCAUGACUUUUGUAAUGGCUGAGAGAUUUACGGUGUUGAAUGUAGCUGACAGGAUGGGGGGGGUGCUGGACGGCACCCACAACCCAACUGCCACACGCCAGCAGAAAAGAUAGUGGUGUCACAUAGACGUUACCAACAAACUGCAAAACUGAGAAUAUAUAUUGCCCGUCUGCAAGGUGCAAUGUCGUAUAUUUUUCUACGUUUUUUCUGUUUGUUUUAUAAUUUGCGUUUCAUUUUAUUUUGGCCAUAACAAA